UCCUUGGUUAGUUUCCAUCCGUUGCUUCUUGUCCUGCCCUAAGGCACUUUGGAGAAUAGCUUGACUCCCUUUUCUUUGUGGCAGCCCCUGAGAUAUUGGAACACUGCUAUGACGGCGAUUUUAGACAAUUUUAGUUGAACUGAUCUGCCUCUGACCAGCAGAAGCAAAAAUACCAAAUUACAACUCAAAUGGCAAAAUCCACUCGGCAUUAAACCUUGUUGAGGCUGUUGUCAUCUCAAAAUCUGUGUAAAGUCAUUUUUCUGUGUCAGGGAACGUGGUGCCCAGAAGCUCACUCAGAUUACAGUGUGCCUCUGAAAGCCAUAAUUAAGGAAUACAGAUAAAUGAACCUCCUCAUUUAAUCUGUGGGGUGAUCAUAAAGUAAACUCAACCGAUCUUGGAUGAUGUAACCCUCAAGAGAAAGACUUUUGAAAGAGCUCUGUUUGUUCAGAACUUGUUGGUCCAGUUAAAUAGUGAAUAAAAAAAAUGAUCAGUUGACUGAUCGUACCUGUUGAAAUGGUAUAAGAGAAGGCAUCGUGGUGUACGUGUCACCUAUUGUUAAAAGAACUAAGGGCAAUAUAGAGCUCACGGACCAAGAAGAAAGCAAAUUAAGCUUUAAGACAAUUUUCUUUGGCCAGAUAGGGGAAAAGAAAUCCCAUCUCUGAUCUCAGGACCUUUCCACCAUGGAAACGAUAUUGGGCCAAACCCUGUGGAUGUUGGUAUUUUACUUUUGCAUUUCAAUCACGUUGUUAUUCCUCGGGUGGAUCCUUUACUUUAAUAUCAUCGGCAUGCAUAUCCCGCCAGGAAUCAGCCAGGGGAGAAAACUGCGCCUUCUCUAUUUGUUUGUAAGAAUUCUUUUCGGACUGGCCAGGAUUCUGGAUAAACUUGGCAUCUGCCAUGAAUUUUUCAUAUGGAGGCUCCUUUGGAAUGGAAUACAUCCCAGGAAACCAUCUGACUUGAUUGUCAAGGAAAUGCUUUUUGACAGAGUGCCGGUGAUGGUCUGUUGUCCCAAAAGAGCAAGUCCAGAGAACAGACGAGGACUUGUCUGGAUCCAUGGAGGAGCAGGCUUGUUUGGAAGCCCCCGAUCCCACGAAAGGCUGUGCCACUUCAUUGCCCGGCAAAGUGACACUGUGAUCGCAUGCAUCGGAUACCCCUUGGCGCCAGAGCACCCCUAUCCAGCUCAACAACUCAGCUGCUACACUGCCGUAUCACAUUUUCUGAAGAAUGCGCAGGACUACGGGGUGGACCCGAAACGGAUCGUGCUGGCUGGCGACAGCAGCGGAGGCACACUUGUUGCCAGCACUGCUCAGCAACUUCUGAUGACAAAGGACCUGCCACAGCCCCAGGCCCACAUACUAAUCAAUCCUUACCUACAAUGCCUGGAUGUAAAUUUACCUUCUUACCAGCAAAACCAGUCCAUUCCCCCCUUAGUCAAGAAAGAGGCUGUUCGUCUUGGCACAAUGUAUCUCUCAGGAACCAGUGCUGGGGUCAAUGAAAUUAUGGCCAAUGCCCAUGUCCCGCAGGAACUCAUGGCAAAGUAUCAGAAAUGGAUCAGUGCAGAACAUAUUCCGGAGGAAUUUAAAGGCCGGGGUUACGUGCCGUUUGUACCUGGUCCAUUUUCAGAAGAUCUUUUCCAAAAAUACAAAACAGUUUUCGACCCCAUAUUUUCCCCACUCCUGGCAGAAGACGCCGUCAUCCAGCAGUUUCCAGAGACUUUCCUUUUAACCUGCGAAUAUGACAUUUUCCGAGAUGAUGGCUUGCUCUAUAAGAAGAGGCUGGAAGACAAUGGUGUCCCUGUCACCUGGCUUCACCUCAAGGACGGAUUCCAUGGCAUCACCUUGCUGAUAGAUAUGGGGUCAAUCCAGUUUCCAAGUACGAGGAAGAGUAUGAAUAGUGUAAUCCAAUUCCUAGAACGAUUCUAGAAAUCAAACAACCUCGUUCCUCUUCCUUGUUCAUCUAGCCCUUACCUUACAGAUCUGGAUCUGAAGAGGUUAUACCCUAUAAUUUCAUUCAUCUGUCCUGCUUAACUGACCUGAAGAUGGUCCACCAACCCUUUGAAGAGACACAUCCUUGCCCUCUCCAGCUCGUUCAUAGCCCACCACUCAGGUAGCCUGGUGUCAGGCUGUGCAGGAAACUGUGGUUUUCCCUCUUACUCAAAAAACAGAAUUUCCCAUAUGACAAUCUAAGUGGCACAGAGGAACAGUUGGGUGAGUGGCCAGACGUCUAACUUUUGCGCUCUCCUUCUCCCUAUAGUCAGGACAGUGGUUCUUUGGAAUAUCAAACUGUUGUGGAAAAAACCACGAUACUUACAUCAGAAGACAAGACCACGAAGGGUUGGAGAAAACAGGCUUUAUUUGUGCACAAUGGUUCAGAGCAUUCACAUGACAAAUUCUGAACCCUGAGCUAUUCUCAGGGAGUAGUUCUUAUAGCAUUAACCACCCACGCCUUAGCCUUAGGGUGGCUCUUAUCUACCUUUGACACACUAAAACAGAGAAGUUUAUAUCUUGAAGCUACAUAAGUAAAAGGAGAAGUUCACACAAACGGUUGUCUUACCACACCUUUCUGCACGGGUGCUA